CUGGUGGUAGUACCAAUGCGAAAUCAGUCUGGUUGGCAGCACUGACAAAACAUCGAUUCACCUUCGAGAGUCGUCGGAAAAGUUCCCGCAACGCGAAUUGCCGGCUUGCACUUCUAUCCCUCGACCCCGAAACUACAGCCCAGCAAUGUCUGAUUCCGGCCUGUCAACGCCUGUUAAGCAGGGACUCAUGCUGUCCCCCGACUCGCCGGGCGCGCACAACUUGCAGCUCCCGAGCCCAAUCAUCACCAGGAGGAAUCGCACUAACUCCACAUCGGAGCGAGCCAUGGUGAAUCCUCUCGAGCAUGGAAAGGUCAAGAAGUUCUGCCGUGAGAAGGGCCACGGAUUCUUGACAAGGGAAAACGGCGAUGAGCUUUUCGUCCACAUCUCUGACAUCGAAGGCGAGUACGUGCCUAUGCCUGGCGACGAAGUUGAGUUCCGUCUGUGUCCGAUUCCGCCCAAAAUGGAGAAAUUCCAGGCAGUGCAUGUCAAGAUCAUCAACUUUGCUCCUGAAUUGCACAUUCGCUGGGACUGCCCGGACAACUCAGCAUAGUUGUGAAACCUGACCACCACCUCUGUAGCCAUUCCUCCGAUAUUUUCGUAGGCAUACCGACUUUUUAUUUACUACAAAUCAGAUUCCACAUCUAGUUCAUCCUGGUCUUGCCAAUUUUUUUUUAAAUUACCACAUAUUUACAAAAGUUGAACUUUAAUUUUCUCCCAGAGACUAAAAGUUUUAAACUAUCUUUCUUUAUUUUUAAGAUUUGCGUAAUUUUGUUUUGAUAUUUCAAAACCCCCCUGUAGCUUAAGAAGCUGAUGAUAAAAGAACUAUAUUAUUAAAAAUAAUAUGACUGCUAAAUUUUACAAAAAUUAAGUGAAGUGAAUCAAAUAGCGGCGGCUUAAUGUGAAAUUUGAUCUGCCAGAGAAACGAAAACGUCAAUGAAGUAGCCAAUUGCGUAAUUUUAAUCUUAAUUGUUGCUAUUCUUAUGGAUAAAUAAAACCAAGUGACUUGAAGCAUGAA